CCCAGGCGGCAGCGGGCAGUAGUGCCUCCUCAGCCAGGAGAGCCAGCCAAAGACCAAGCUGCAGGACUGGGCUGCGCAGGAGCCCUGCAAACCAGCAGCUGGAAGCUGGGGAGGGAUUCUCCUGUUUCUCUCAAGCUUCUUUCUCUUAAAAAAAACCCCACCAAAACCCGUUCCCACCGCAACUUGGAAGAGUAGGGAGUGACUAGAAGGAUUGACGCAGAGGUUUCAUUUAUGGACCCUGAAGAAGUUCUGAGCAAGUCACACAGCAGCGGACUGGGCGAGCUCAGCUUGUGGCCCCGGUGCAGCCUGGCAGAGCCGACCAGCAGCCAACCCCGAGCCACCAGCUGAGGUGCUGGGCGCCUCUGACCAUGCUGUGGACCUAACGACCUGGACCGAGUCGGCCUGGCUCCGUUAGCAUCCCACCAGAUGAAAGAACUGAUACAAGAGAGACAGAGAAACUUGCUAAGUUUAUGCGACCAGCAACUGUUGGGACUGAAUCCUUAAGCUCCACCUCAGCCUGCAGAAGUGGGAUGAUACCCUUGAGCAGAAUUCCAUCUGUGAGAUAGCUCUGAACUUGGAGUCAGAAGUACACAACUGGAUGACAGCUGUAGCACUAUGCCUAUGGGCAAAAGUACUACCCCGCCUGAACUUAAAGAUCUGUGUCUGCCGCUGUAGCUCAGUUGUUGGAAUGUUUGUCUAGCGUGCUUGAAGGCUGGAUAAGAUCCUCAGCACCGAUGACUGGAAAGCGUGCUAGUGUCCUGAAUGAGGGAUGAUAACUGGAAAUUUGUUGUACCUGCAACUGAAGAAAGGGGUUUGACUGUCCCGGUGGCUCAGAGCACCUAAGCUGCAGCCACGAUGAUGGAUGACGACACCGAGUUGAGGACUGAUGGAAACUCCCUUUUAAAGGCUGUGUGGCUGGGGAGGCUCCGGCUGACUAGACUGCUCCUGGAAGGGGGAGCUUACAUCAAUGAAAGCAACGACAAAGGUGAAACAGCUCUCAUGGUGGCAUGCAUUACCAAACAUGUGGACCAGCAAAGCAUCAGCAAAUCUAAGAUGGUGAAGUACCUGUUGGACAAUAGGGCAGACCCCAAUAUCCAGGAUAAGUCUGGCAAGACUGCACUCAUCCACGCAUGCAUCAGAAGAGCUGGAGGAGAGGUGGUCUCCUUAUUGCUAGAGAAUGGAGCAGACCCCAGCCUGGAGGAUCGCACUGGGGCUUCGGCUCUGGUUUAUGCAAUAAAUGCAGAUGACAAAGAUGCACUGAAACAUCUCCUUGAUGCCUGUAAAGCCAAAGGGAAGGAAGUGAUUAUUAUAACAACAGACAAAUCAUCUUCAGGCACCAAAACCACCAAGCAGUAUCUCAAUGUACCUCCUUCACCCAAAGUAGAAGACAGACAGUCUCCUCCACUGUGUGCAUCUCCUUCUGACAUUGAACUGAAGGCUCCAGGCCUGGGUUCUCUACCCAGUGAAAAGGAUGAUGACUUCUUUAGCCUCCAAACAGGACACCAAAGUGGUUGUAAUACUUCUAAGGUCCUUAAUGACUCAGGCUCACCCAACAGGAAAAUGUCUAACCUCAAGAGGGCCCGUUUGCCCCAACUGAAGAGGCUCCAGUCUGAACCUUGGGGUUUGAUCGCACCCUCUGUGUUGGCAGCUUCCAUACAUCAGGAUGAAACCCAUGGCACCAGCACAGACAAUGAAGUCAUCAGAAGUAUCAAUGACAUGUCAUUCCCUAAAAGAGGGCCCCUCUCUAGAGCCAACAGCAUUGACAGUAAAGAUCCCACACUCUUCCCCACAGUUCCAGAGCAAGUUCUGAAGGCUCAGGCUUCUGCACCAGCUUCCUGGAAAGUAGCUUAUGAGAAAGGCCAGGCCCCCCACCCACGUCUGGCCAGGAGAGGAACACUUCCUGUUGACCAAGAGAAGAAUGGGAUGUGCCUACCAGGCCCUUCAGCUCUUAAAGAGUCAGCAUCCCUCAAAAGGCUGGAAAAUGAUCUUUAUGACUUAGACUUACAGCCAGGGGCUGAUUCACCCAACUCCAUGUCCCUUGAGUCUGGCAAAGGACCCUUAGACAGAAAGAAGCUCAAUAGCUCCCACUUACCCCUUUUCCAUGGCUCUCGGGAGUCCCUGGAUACUGUGCCCAGCACAUCCCCCAGCUCAGUGCGCCGCAGGCCACCUCAUCUUCUAGAAAGAAGAGGUUCUGGAACUCUGUUACUAGAUCGCAUUGCUCACACGCGGCCUGGCUUUCUUCCACCUUUAAAUGUGAAUCUAAAUCCACCUAUCCCAGAUAUUAGAUCCAGCAGCAAACCAUCUUCCCCACUUACUAGUGGCUUAAAAUCUAUGGUUCCUGUUGCUCCAAGUUCACCAAAGAGAGUUGAUUUGAGAAGUAAAAAGAAACUCCUUCGAAGGCAUUCUAUGCAGAUUGAACAGAUGAAGCAGCUGUCUGACUUUGAAGAAAUCAUAACCUAAAACCUUUUAGAACUGGUUUCCCACCCUUAUAUAGAUUACACAAUGUGGAAAGAACCAAAAUGUAGUCCAACACAGUGUCACAGCCUCUCUUUAUUCCGAUCAUUCCUUAGAGCUGGGAUGUGACAAUAUCAGAAAACACGGGGACAGGGCUCUGCUUCACUUCUGAAACAAACCCAACGACUGUUUUGGAGUGCAGCUUCUGAUAUAAUCCUUGUUUUUGUUGUUAUUCUUUCUGUUUUUAUUUUCUAGGCCUACUUAAAAAGAGCAGCUCAGGAUAGUGGGUUUUGGAGAUGAAGUUACAAGAAGAAAAAAUUUUCCAAAGGACGAACACCUUUGUAGUUUGAAGGUAACACAGCAAGUGUAAUGGUUUGUAUUUUCUGGCAGGCAAGCAAGAAAUUUACUAUAUUGUAUUUGGAGUAUGUCAUUUGUAGUCUAUAAAGUGCCUAAAAAGAAAAUGAGGCUUUUACAUUUUCUGGAAUGUAAAAGGCUCAAAAACCUCCCCAAAUGACUAUAUCUGGACAUAUGGGUUCUAAACAAUGAAGGAGAAGCAAAGUGCUUCCUCAUAGAAGCAGCUCUGGCACGACUCCCACCGCUCACUGUACGGUGAGCAUUGUCAAGAGUGGUAAGGAUCAUUUGGCUCUCCACCAUUAUGUUCUGAACACAUAAUAAUUUGGACAGGCUCCAAGUCCCCAAAUACCACAUCUAUAUGGGUCCACCCUGACAUGCCAUGGUAGUUGGCCACUCAGAAAUGAAUCUUGCUCCAGAAAUGAAACUUUCCUGACAUUAACACAGGCUCCAUGUUGAAGCCUUAUGGAGAUGCACAAACCCCCCAGAUCCCCCACAUAGUUAACUAAGUUGAAUUCAAACAUGACACAGUUGGCAUAACAGACCCACAAGAAAUGUUUAAGACAAAUUGAUUAGAUUUACUGAAAGCACAGUGAUACAUGACCAUAGAAUGUGCACAGAUUUAAACAAUACAGUAAGAUAGCUCUCCAGACAGAAGCAGUGGUCAGCAUUUCAAUUGUUUAAUGUUUUGAAAAUGUUAUGGGGUGCAAACCAUCAUUUCUUUUUGAAUGCUCUGAAUAAUUUGAGGGAAUUUUUUUCUUUACCUGAACUUUCUAGGCCUUAGAGGAUUUAUAGAAAGAACCUCUAAAAUCUUUUUAAGGUGUGAACAAACUCACAGAAGAGACAUAGCACAUUUUAGAUGAGAUUCCUGCUUUAUCCUCAUUUAUUUGUCCUCUCCUGCUGCUCGUGUGCAUUUGUUCUAUGGUAAGAAGCUCAGUGGUCCCCAUGGAUAACAUCAUGUAAAGGACAAAUCAAGGCUUUGGGUCUGCACCCCAUCCUUUUCACUUACCAAGUGUUUGGCCUGGGGAAAGUAGUGGCACUAUUCUGAGCCUCCGUUCUAUCACCUGUGAUAUGGGUUAGUAAUGCUUAUGAAGCUGUGGUGGUGGUUAAACAACAGAGCAUAUGAAAAUGUCUAAUCUUGUGCUUGGCACAGGUACAACUCAUUAGACAACAGGUAGCUGAUCAAUUUAUUUCUUCAGACCUUGAAAACCUCCUAAAAAUUUAGAGCAUUAAAAGUUGCUACAUAAGCCCUAUAUGUUAUACCAUUUCUAUAAGGACAGAUGAAGUUAAUUUAAACAUUCUAAACAAAAGUGCUAGUUAUAACAAAACAAAAUGCUCAUUUAAAAGAUGAUUCCUUCAAGAUAAGUGCCUACUGAGCCUCAGUUCUAUUGGUACUUGGGGCUGAUAAUUGUUUGCUGUGUGGGGAUAUAUUGUGGGAAGAAUAGCAGCAUCUCUGAUUCCUACUCACUUAAAGACUCUGGCCCCCAAAUUAUGACAAACCGAAAACACUCUCAUCAUGGCUAGAUGUCUCUUGGAGACAGCAUUGCUCUUACAAACACUUACUGUGAACAUGGUAGAAAUACCCCAAGAACCACAAAGCAAGUUGGAGGUGUAGCCCUUGGGACUCUUAGCAAAUGUACAUACACAGGAGUACUAAGGGCCUUGUACUUUGUAGGGAAGGAAGAAAAUUAUAAGAAAAGCACAUAAAGUAGUGAAAAUCUAGGGCUUAUGAACUUGGUUUAGUGUGGACAACUCAUAUGCUUUUCAGAACUGUUUAAUGGUUAGAAAUUCUAACCAAGUAGGCAUGGUCACAGGCAAAGAAAAAACUUUCAGUGCAUUAAAGAGAGAGUAAUGCAGACCACUACUGCUUUUAGCAUGUUACUAAACACUCAACACAUACCACCACGACCGCACAUUUUAAAUGUGUUUUCAGUGGUUAUUAGUGCCAACUGGAACUAACCUCUGUUAGUAGUAUCUAACUAUGGGGAUAGCAAGACACUGCCCAAGAACAUUUUCUUAAGACUUUAGCUAAGAUUGGAACCUAAUUUAUCCUAAGUAGUGACUGUGUGAUACAUUCAUAGUAAUUAGCUUAGGUGAAACAGCAAACAUGGUAAAUUGCUCAUUCAGACUAGCUGGUCCUAUUGCACAAAUGCAUAAUAUGAGGUAUUUCCAUGCUGUGUCAGCCAGUUAUGGCAUUUCAUCGGCCUUUCUCUAGACAGUCAUCAAGACAGCAUCUUAUCACAUUACUUCCUGAUGAUUCAUUAGCUGAGUUAGACUGUUCUGAGCCAGUGCAGUGGCCAAAAUACUGUAUCACAGGUCAUGUAUAAAUCAGUAAUUUUGUCCAUGUCAAUAAACUUCACAGAAAAGCUUUUCCAAAGCAUAUUUUAGAUUUACACAUGCUUUCUAGUUAGGGGUUAGCCAUUCUCCUUGGAAACUCUAUAAGUUAGUUGCAAAAUACCGUUUCAAUAACCUAUCCACUUAAGAGUCUCUGGGUUGUUUGUUAAAAUAUAAUUUAGAAAGUGAGCCUAAAGUUUAAAGUCUAGAACUUUGGUUUAAUUUCUAGACAUUACAAAGCCUUUGUUUUUUAAAGACACAAACUACUGUUAAUUCUCUUAGAACUUCGUCAGCAAAUGGUAACUUGCAUAUGCAGGUUGUGUCUGACCUUCCUCUUCUAUGUGUGUUGGUGCUUCAGAUGUAGCCUGUGAAGCCUGACAUGGUUCUCUGCAGUGCUCUGUCCUAGUCUCAAGCAGAGGAUAUGUGUAAACUGUAUCAAAGUUCAUGUAAUGAAACCACUUAGAUGUUUCUAAUAUGUCAAUAAAAGAUAUCCUGCAACCC